UCUUUUAGGCCUUUAAUGUGUAUACGUUGGAAGAACUUGAUAAGGUGUUGAUGAAGUCAUUAAAAAACAAGCUUUCAUCUUGUGACUAUAACCUUCACGAGCACAGGAUAAGUGGCAGCUCAGAAGAAAUACCCACUUUACUGCACUGUGCCGCAAAGCUUGGACUCAAAGAGGUGGCACUUUUGCUAAUGCAAAGCCCAGCAGCAGAUUCCAUUUGCAGAAUCACUAACAAAUAUGGGGAUGAUCCAGCUAAAAUGGCUGAAAAGUAUGGACAUCAAGAUAUCCAGGAUAUCAUUAAUCAACUAUUUGAAAAACAGAAAGCUAAUCAGACUGACAUUCCUUGGGAACCGGCGGAGUUUGAACAAGAAGAUGUUUAUGUGGACAUGGUUGAGUGUGCUGCCCAUCAACAAUCUUCAAAAGAUUCAUGUUUAAUUGACAAUGAAAUGGACAUGGAUGCAAUUAAUGAAAUGGAACAUAAAGAAAACAAGGAGGAAUAUGUUAAAGAGCAUGUGGAGAACAAGGUUUCAGACAGGAUGCUGGAAGUGACUAAUGAGUAUUGCUUUUUAAUCCCUGCUGACAAUCCCUCAAGAACCUUUAAAACUGAUGACCCUUGUUUGCAAGAUGAGACAUACAAGACAGAUAAAGAGGAAGAAUGGUUUAUUAGUGAACCCAACUGUGAAGACCCUGACUGGCAGAAUACAGAAUGUGAACAGAAUUCUAAAUGCCCUUAUGAAAAUAUGUAUGAUCCUAUGUCAGUUUAUUCUGUUACUGAAGAACUGCCAAGCAAAGAAGACAUUGAAGGUUUGAAUGCAAGUCCGCCUCCAGAACAGGAUCUAAUAGCGCAGCGAGGCUGCUUUAAAGGUGAAGAUUUCAACAUGGAGAAUACGUCACAAGAAGCGCAUGAUAAACAUUCAGAUGAGCAACCAUUGAAUGGAAAUGAUGAAGAACCGGCUUUAAUCGCUUCUACUGAGGACAAUGUGUACAUCAUAUUUGAGAACAGCAUUAAAGAUACACAAAGAGCACAGACACAUUUUAUCUCACAAAACCUGGUUACUCCAGAGCCGUCAUCAACUACUACAAUGGCUAGUGGCACAUCUUUUAUCUCUCAAGAAGAAAGAAUAGAUGACAAUGAAUUGGUGUCACAUGGUGAAUUGGAUGAAUACUCAGACAAAGUAAAUGAUCAUAAAGACAAUGAAGAGUCACUGGUAGUUGCUUUCAUUGAGGACGAUGCAUACAUUGUAUUUGAACCCAGUGUGAAGCAUAAACAAAGGGGUCAACCACCUUUUAUUUCUCAUAAGUCAACAUCUCCUGAGGCUGCUUCAAAUUCCACAACAGAAAGUGGUGCAUCCUACAUUGCUCAAGAGGAAAGAAGAGACGACAAUGAAGUAAUGUCACAUGGUGAACUGGAUGAGUUCUCUGGAAAUUAUCAUAAAGACGAUGAAGAAUCAUUGAUAGUUGCUUCCAUUGAGGACGAUGCAUACAUUGUAUUUGAACCCAUUGUGAAGAAUAAACAAAGGGGGCAACCACCUUUUAUUUCUCAUAAGUCAGCCUCUCCAGAGGCUGCAUCAAAUUCUACAACAGAAAGUGGUGCAUCAUACAUUGCUCAAGCUGAGGGAAUAGAUGAAAGGCCUAGUACGCAGUUGUGUUGGGAAGGGUAUGAGGACAAUGAAGAAGACCCAUAUAGUUUAAUUUAUAAUGAUGAUGAUGAACUGUACAUUGAGUUACCUUAUGAAACUGCAGAAGAAGAGAACCCAAGAGAAAGAAAAUCUUUUAUUGUACACAGAGCUCCAGCCCCUGCACCACGCCCACAAACUACAGCUCCAGAUAUCGAAGACUCCUACAUCUCACGAGUGCAGAAUAGCAAUUGUAGUCCAUCCAAUGAUAUCAAGGCACAGUCCCAAGGCAGGUCACAGUGCAGUCUCUUACCAAAAUCUCUAUAUAGGCAAUCAGCAACAAUUAUGAUAAUAGAAGUAGCAAUACCUGAGCUCCUUCUAAACACUUUGCAACCUUUCCAAGAUGAUCACAAGCAUGCAAAACUCACAAAAUAUGGUAGGUGUCCCAGACUUAAAACCAUCCACUCAGGGAUUGUUCUCUCAGUAGGAAUGAUGCUUCUCAUGGAGAUAAACUAG